UAAAGCCGGGGAGCGUGGAAGGCGCAAGGUGCAGUGUGUGUCUGUGUGUGUGUGUGAGAGCGCGGGGGGGCGGCGGGGGGAGAGUGCCUGCGUGUGUGUGUGUGUGUGUGUGUGUGUAUGUAUGUAUAUGGGGGGGGCGAGCCCCGUCCGCCCCUUAUAAGAGACACAAUCCCCAGCCACUUUUUUGCAAAAGGGGCUUUGCAAAGCAGGCUGCGCACACGCGAGCGACACGAGCCUCCCCGCGGCCGCCGCACGGAGGGCGAGAGGGAGGGGGGCGGGCAGAGCCAUCCCCGCCCGGCUCCGCCGCCCGCUCCCGCCGGCCGCCGCUGCCCCUUCCCCCGCCGCCUGUUUUAUUUUAUUUAUUUUUUUAAAGCGGACACCGCAAAUAAUUCCUUUUCUUCCUCUCUUUGAAUUUUUCCCGGCGGCAGGCGCACGGGGACCGGCCGCCGCUCGGUUGCCCCCGCGCCCAUGGCCAGCGGCAGCCCCGCCAGGAUGGCCAGCGGCGCCGGGCAGCCGCCCUUCCUGCAGCCGGCCUGCUUUUUCGCCGCGGCGGUGGCCGCGGCCGCCGCCGCCUCCGCCGCCCCGCCGGGGCCGCCCCCGGGGGCACCGCCGCCGCCGCCGCAGCUGAGCCCGGCGGGCGGGCAGCCGUCGCCGGGCGGGAAGCCGUCGGCGCCGCGGGCCGCCAAGCGGCAGCGCUCGGCCUCGCCGGAGCUGAUGCGCUGCAAGCGGCGGCUCAACUUCAGCGGGUUCGGGUACAGCCUGCCGCAGCAGCAGCCGGCGGCCGUGGCGCGGCGCAACGAGCGGGAGCGCAACCGGGUAAAGCUGGUGAACCUGGGCUUCGCCACCCUGCGGGAGCACGUCCCCAACGGCGCCGCCAACAAGAAGAUGAGCAAAGUGGAGACACUCCGCUCCGCCGUCGAGUACAUCCGCGCCCUGCAGCAGCUGCUCGACGAGCACGACGCCGUCAGCGCCGCCUUCCAGGCCGGCGUCCUCUCUCCCACCAUCUCGCCCAGCUACUCCCACGACAUGAACUCCAUGGCGGGCUCCCCCGUCUCCUCCUACUCCUCCGACGAGGGCUCCUACGACCCGCUCAGCCCCGAGGAGCAGGAGCUGCUCGACUUCACCAGCUGGUUCUGAAACGUGGCAGGACAGUUGCAAAAGGGAAAAAACCCCAAUAUGUAUCACACAGAGAAAGACAGAAAUCCACCCAGAGAAAGAACCUGUUGCAUUUCCCUCUCCCCCGCCGUCGGAGGGCGGUGCGGGCACGUCUCUCGCUCGGCGGGCGGGCACAGUUGGGUCGGGGCGGCCGCCCUGCCCCGGUCCCGGGGCACCGGCCGGGCUUUGCCAUGGACUGCGCCUCGGCGGAGCGGGGGUCCCGCGGGGGAGCCAGGCGGCGGGGACGGUCGCUGCGCUCCUCGGCCGGCGGAGGAGCUCUGCCUCCCCCUCGAAGGGAAGGUACCCCCCUUCCGCACCCCGCCGCGGCCCUGCAGAGACCGGCGCUCCUCACUCUGUGGACAAAGUUAGUUCCCCAGUGUUUGUGGAGGUGUUGAAAUUAAGCUAUGCUGUACUCAAAGAAGCCCUGUGCCCCCUCUUCCCCGCUUCUCUCCUUCCCCUCGCUCCGAGCUUUCCCUCUCGUUUCCAUCAUAGAAUGCUUCCAAUCUUUUUUUUUCUUCUUUUUUUUUUUUUUUGGUGAAUUUUUUUAUUAUAAGAAAAUCUAUUUGUAUCUAUCCUAACCCGUUUGGGGAUAUAUUAAGCUAUUUUUGUACAUAAGAGAGAGAGAGAUUUAUAGAGGUUUUGUACAAAUGGUUUAAAAUGUGUAUAUCUUGAUACUUUUUUUAAUAUGUAAUGCUUAUUACCUCUUCAUGUUUAGACUUGUAGUCGACGUUACCUUACAACUGGCAUUUUUUGUAUGUGGUUUUGUAAAGGACUUGGAUUUCCUCCAGAUGUACUUUAGCACCAACGUGUCUUACUUUAUAGAAACUUUGUUAAUGUAUUAAUAAUGUUAUUAAACAAUGUUCAAAGUGAACAAAGUUUAUGCAGCUAUUGUCCAAACGCAAAAUGGUAGCCAUUUGUUUGUAUAUGCUGCCUUUGGGAAAAAAAAAAAAUACACAAACAGACGACCCCUAUGCCACUGCCUUUUCUUACUGUUUUAUUACAAACUGACAAAGGUCCUGUAUAACCCUGUUUUAUACAAACUAGUUUCGUAAUAAAACUUUUUUUAAUCAAAAAGAUCGGCUGCCUGCUGCAUGCAAUUUUUAUUUAUUUCUUUCUGCCAUUGACAACGAUGAAUGUAAGGACAAAACGUUCAAUGAUGUUGUGCUGGAGCUAAGUUGCGUAUGAAGUGCUUGUAUCUGAUGGAUGUAACAUACCUAUAUAUAUCUUUAUCUCUAUAUAAAUAUGCAAAGAUCCA